CAUCUACCUCACUCAGCUCGGCUGUCUCAAUUAUCUUACAUCCAGUCUCCUGAACCAAGCCGAACAAUGCUUUUUUACGACAAUAAAUCCGGCCCCAACCCUCUGGUUGUACGCAUCUUCGUCAUGGAGCGCGGUGGUCUGGAACUUGACGUCCAAUCAAUCGACCUCUUCAAGACUGAGCAACGCCGGCUUGCCUAUCGGACUCAUGUCAAUAAGCGUGGGGAGGUACCGGCACUUCGCCUCGAUGAUGGCACAGUCAUCACCGAGUCCGUCGCGAUUUGCAAGUAUCUCGAUGAGGAUGCAAACGGCGGCCACUCACUUUUUGGAUCGACGCCGACUGAGCGAGCUACAACACUCAUGUGGCUCCGCCGCAUGGAUAUCGAUAUUGCCCAACCUCUGUCCAGUUGGUUUCGCAACGGCGCAGAAACGAUCGACUUUUACCGGGGCCAUCGUAUCCCUGAUCCCAGUGCGCAGUUGAUUGAGAAGGUGCGGAUCAAUCAGGCGUUGAAUCUGCUUGAUGAUGAUUUAGAGGGGAAGCAAUUUCUCUGUGGCGAUAGGUUCUCUAUGGCUGAUAUCUUGCUGUAUGCUAUGACGCAGCCCUUUCUCGACGGUAUUGCCCCUUGGGUAAAUGCACCGGGUCGCUUGAAUGUUGCGGGCUGGUUCGAGCGAAUGGGCAAUCGUGAGGCCUGUCAAAAGGCUAUUGCAGGCUUCGGGAACCAUGUUACUGUAUAG